AGACACCAACAAGGCCACCACCACCAUCACCGCACCGCUACGCACUCAGCUGCUUCCUCCCUCCCUCCCUCCCUCCUCCACAUCGCUGCGGAUUCCAGCGGCGGGGCUUUGGAUUUUUCCCGGCGAGAUCUCCCGUCUCGCGAUGCCUGAAGCAAAUGCCGGUGGGCUGGGCACCCGGGCGGCGCCGGAGCAGCGCAGCAAGAACACAACAGAGAUGGAUUUCUUCAGUGAAUAUGGCGACUCCAGCCGUUACAAAAUUCAAGAAAUUGUUGGUAAAGGGAGUUACGGAGUUGUAUGUUCAGCUAUUGACCAACAUACCGGUGACAAGGUAGCAAUCAAGAAAAUAACCAACAUCUUUGAGCAUCUAUCUGAUGCUGCUAGGAUCCUCCGUGAGGUCAAGCUUCUCCGUCUUCUACGGCAUCCUGAUAUUGUUGAGAUCAAACACAUAAUGUUGCCUCCAUCCAGAAGGGACUUCAAAGAUAUUUAUGUUGUCUUUGAACUAAUGGAUACAGACCUCCACCAAGUUAUUAAGGCUAAUGACGACUUAACAAAGGAACACCACCAGUUCUUCCUGUAUCAAAUGCUUCGUGCUUUGAAAUAUAUCCAUACUGCUAAUGUUUAUCAUCGUGAUUUAAAGCCGAAAAAUAUAUUAGCAAAUGCUAACUGUAAGCUCAAGAUAUGUGAUUUUGGACUAGCAAGAGUUGCAUUUAAUGACACUCCUACCACAGUUUUCUGGACGGACUACGUUGCAACUAGAUGGUACAGGGCUCCUGAGCUGUGCGGCUCUUUCUUUUCUAAGUAUUCACCAGCUAUAGAUACAUGGAGUAUUGGUUGCAUUUUUGCGGAGAUUUUGACUGGAAAACCUUUGUUCCCUGGUAAAAAUGUGGUUCAUCAGUUGGAUCUGAUGACUGACCUCCUGGGUACACCAUCAAUGGAUGCUAUUUCACGGAUUCGGAACGAUAAGGCAAGGAGGUACCUGAGCAGCAUGAGAAGGAAGCAGCCGGUGCCUUUUUCAGAAAAGUUCCCAAAUGUAGAUCCUUUGGCACUCAAGCUCUUACAAAGGCUCCUAGCAUUUGAUCCUAAGGAUCGACCAACUGCAGAAGAGGCUUUGGCUGAUCCAUAUUUCAAGGGUCUUGCAAAAGUGGAGAGAGAACCAUCAUGCCAAUCAAUUUCAAAAAUGGAGUUCGAGUUUGAACGAAGAAAGGUUACCAAAGACGAUAUCAAGGAACUUAUAUUCCGGGAGAUAUUAGAAUACCAUCCUCAACUUCUCAAGGAUUAUAUGAAUGGCUCCGAAAAUACGAGCUUUCUAUAUCCAAGUGCUGUUGAUAAUUUCCGGAGGCAAUUUGCCAUCUUAGAGGAAAAUGAAGGAAAGAGCAGUGCACUAGACAGGAAGCACGUUUCUCUCCCUAGGGCUACAACAGUUCACUCUACAGCAGUUCCUCCUGACGAAGGCCCAGACGCAACAUCCCAAAUUCCUCAGAGGAUUCCAACAGCUAGACCAGGAAGAACGGUUGGCCCAGUAUUACCAUUCGAGAAUCCAAGCGUCACCGAUUCGCACAACGCAUGGAGGGUGGGGAGGAAUCCAGUUCCUCAAGCAGCUAGCAACAAACCGGUGUACAGCUACCACCUAAAGCCGGACUACUCCAGUACUCAACAUCAGAAAGAGCUUGAGAAAGAUAGAGCGCAGUACAGGCCUGCACAACAAAUGAUGGAUGCCAAGGUUGCUCCUGAGACGGUCCCUGACAUGCGGCCUUCGCAGUACUACAUUACAAGGAGUGCUCCCAAAACUGAUCUGACAGACAGGGCUGCACUCCAGGGGAGCAUGCUGUAUGGCAUUGCUCCCUUCAACGGCAUCGCCGCGGUUGCUGGUGGAUACAGCAAGGUUGGCGCCGUUCACUACGGUGCUACAAGGUUGUACUAGAGUAGAGCAAUGGUCAGGAAAGUUGGGUUGCACCUCGGUGGGAUGCAAGAUGGGGACGCCGGUGCCCGGCUUUAUGCUCAUCCAGCCAGACAUUCAGGCUGCAGCAAGGCAGGUGGCCACAUCUGGAUCAUCUGGUCAUGGAUGGAGACCAUGGUUGAUGAAAAGAGAGACUUUGGCUGGGAAAACUCCUAAUCCAUCUCAGGCGGCUAUGUCCAUUUUGCUGAGGAAUGGACAUGAGCGUGCUCUAGAGAGGAUAGAGGGAGAUAAAAAGUUCAGGGUGCAAUUUCUCGCACUCUAUUAGUUGCUGAGAAAGGGGGAGAAUGUGAAUAACAGCACUAGGCUGGGCUUGUGUACAUACCUGCAACAUUUGAUUUUCUUUUUCCUGCUCUCUUGCUUGAAGCUGUUGCUUCUUGUGUAAUACCUGCACAAGCAUACUCCGAAAGCGAGUUUUCGCCAAAAAAAAAAAUGGAACGGCAAUUACUUGAUAGAAUGUUAUGCUAGUCAAAUUUUAAUCGUACUGGAACAAAUAUUGUGGAAACACACUGUACCUGUGAAAUUUGAGCCUCCAUUCCAGUUAGUAUAUAGAAGCUAAAAAGGCUACUAUCUCCAUA